UUAGCUCACCUUUUCCACUUGUUCCAUUUUCUCUGAGAUCAAAAUGAUUCUUAUUUCUUAAUCCCCGUUUAGGCUAUAUAUAACAGCUCAUAUCCAUAAAUAUAGCCGUUAUUAGCCCAUUUGACACCUUUUGAUUUCAGUUUAAAAGCCUCAACUUUUGGUAUACUCAAGUAACCAAAACCCAACCAUUAAAAGUAGCUUUUUUCAUUCAUCAUUUUCAUUCCAUACUUCUAACAUUCUCUGUUUGUCUUAAACAGCUAUAUAUACUUGCUAGAGUAGUCUUCAAAGUCAUCAUAGUACAAAUCAAUGGCUAAUAAAGCAGCUUUGGCUCUCCCCCUUUGGCUCCUCCUUUUAUCCUUCACUUCAGAAACUCUGCUAAUGGUGCAUGGACAGGAACAGAAAACUUGGUGUGUGGCAAAACCAUCAACAGAAGCAGCAGCACUUCAAGGAAUUUUAGACUAUGCAUGUUCACAAGUGGAUUGCAGUAUCAUGGAAAAGGGGUGCCCUUGUUCCUUACCAGACAACCUCAUUAACCGUGCCUCCAUAGCCAUGAAUCUCUACUACCAAGCCAAUGGAAGAAACCGCUGGAAUUGUAUUUUCAGAAACUCUGCUCUUGUCGUUGUAACCGACCCAAGUUAUGGUAAGUGCAUUUACGCUUGAUGCAAAAUUUCCCAGAAAGAAAAGUUUUGCUUUAAAAAAAAUGUAAGGCAAUUUAUGGGUUUUCUUGGGUUGUAAUCUCCUUUAAGAACAACUAGUCUAUGAAGAUUGUGUUUAGCUGAUAAAUUUGGUACUGAACUAAUUAAGUGUCAAUUUACUGACACUGUACUUAUUUCCUUCUAGACUCCAAUAGUCAAUAUUGUCUUUCUUUCAAA